AUGUCCACUGAUAGCGUCUCUAGAAAUUUCUUGAAGACACUCGUGCCAUGUGAAGAUGCAAAUAUUGACAUUGUGGCUGUUCACGGCUUAAACCCCAAGGACAAAGAGUUCCACGCUGAGGAGACAUGGAAGUCUGGCGAUAAGCUAUGGCUGAGGGAUUUUCUGCCGGAGCAGUUGCCGCGAGCAAGAAUCCUGCUGUUUGGGUACAAUUCCAACGUUGGCUUUCAAUCCUCAGCGGCAGGGGUGCGAGAGCAAGCAAUCAACCUUCUCAACAGGUUAUGGCUCGAACGACAGGCAGGUUAUAAGGAAUUGAAAAACGGUGUCGAAGUCAGGCCACUGAUAUUCAUCGCUCAUAGCCUCGGUGGCAUUGUGGUGAAGGAGGCUCUGGUGCAGGCUAAACUCGGGGAGAAAUACUUCUCCAUUUGUGCCGCCACCUAUGGUAUUGCAUUCUUUGGGACUCCCCAUCGUGGGAGCCCCUUUGCCCGGUUUGGAGCUAUCAUCGCAAAGAUAACGAGAACUAUUCUCAGAAAUCCCAGCAACACGUUCAUGACGGCCUUGAAACAAAAUGAAUUAUAUGCAAGCGAACUCUUCUCGAACUUUCAGCAGCUUGUGAAGUCAUAUCAGUUCCUGAGCUUCUAUGAGACGAGGUCCUUCAAGAACCUGGGUUUGAACACUCUAACAGCAUCAGCCGGACAGGUGGUCGACAAGACAUCCGCCACCCUGAACCUGCCAGACUCGCGGGAGACACAGAUCGCUUUGGACGCCGAUCAUAAGAACAUUUGCAAAUUCGCGAGUGCGUUGGACGAGAACUAUAAACAAGUAUCACGAAACAUAGUCCACAUGGCGAACUGCGCCACGAAAGCAUUUGAAGAGCAGUCGUUGGAAACAAACGGUGCGAUACUAAAGACAGCAGAUCCGCUACCAGAGGCAGAACGCAGCAUUUACUUUGUAGGACGAAACGAGAUCCUGCACCAGCUGAAGGAUCGUUCGAAAUCGAUCGGGGAAGCUCAUUCACGUGUCGCGCUCUUUGGCCUGGGAGGCGUAGGGAAAUCUCACAUCGCCAUUCAAUUCGCUUACCUUUUACGAGAAAGUCGACCAGAAGUCUCUGUAUUUUGGAUCCAUGCCAGUAGCCCGGAUCGCAUCUACGAAGGUUUCCGCAAAAUCGCUCACGAAUGCGACAUUCCGGGCGCAGAGGACGAAGAUGAAGACGUAUUGUCUCUUGUCAAAACCUGGCUUGAGAGCACGUCUCAGAGAUGGCUGUUGAUCAUCGACAAUGCUGAUGACAUGUCGCUUUUCUUACCGAGCAAUACCACCUAUCAGGGAAAGGACUCUAGUAUACCCUUCGAACCAACUUUGUGUAUCUCAGACUACCUGCCUGAGUGCUCACAAGGCUCGAUCCUCAUUACGACUAGGAAUAGAGCUGCAGCAGUCGCUUUCAACGGUGGACGUCCUCGAGAUCUCAUCGAAGUCAAACCUAUGACUGAACUGGAAUCGACAGACCUCAUCAAGUCGAAGCUUACAAAUGACUCUUCCCACCACAGCGAAUCCGAAAUCAAUGAGCUUGCGGACCUCCUUGAUCAUCUUCCGUUGGCGUUGGUACAAGCGGCAGCUUUCAUGCAGCAGAACAUGAUAAGUGUCAGCGAAUAUCUCGCGUUGCUAAAGGAUGGGGAAGAGACACAGAUGGACUUGCUGUGUGAGGCCUUUCAGACCUUAGGAAGGGAUUCCCAGGUUCCAAAUGCAGUCGCGACAACGAUGAUGCUGUCUAUCAACCAGAUUAAAGGAAAACAGCCGCGGGCUAUCGAGAUUCUCUCUUUGAUGGCCUUCCUAGACCGACAGGAAAUACCCAAAGAAUUCGUUCAGAAAAAGCAAGACCGCAUCCUGGAUCUGACAAAAGCCUUAGGGGUUCUCAAAGCAUUUUCACUGAUUGCAGAAGGACAGACUCCAGGGACGUACAGUCUCCAUCGCCUGGUUCAAUUGGUGGUCCGGAAGUGGUUGAUACUGGAGGGACAAGACCGGGAGUAUGCUGAGAAGGCCUUGGAAAAGGUGGACGCGCUGUUUCCUGACGCCGAGUUCGAGAACUGGAAGAUAUGUGCCGCGUAUCUCCCUCACGCCCAAUCCGUGCUAGAAUUCACGCAAAACGCUGAAGGACAGAACUUGAGGAACAGAAUACAUCUCCAAGCUGGUAUUGCCUACUAUAUGUGGUCGCAGGGCAGAUACAAAGAGGCGGAAGAACUAGAUAUACAAGUCCUGGAAGCGAAGAAAAAGGAAGUGGGCUUGGAACAUAUGGAAACCGUGGAAUGCAUGUCGUAUCUGGCAUCGACAUACGCCGACCAAGGUCGCUGGGCAGAAGCAGAAGAGCUGGACAGACAGGUCGUUGAAUUGAGGAAAAAGCUGUUGGGCCCGGAGCACCCUGAUACCUUGACGAGCAUCUCUGUCCUGGCGAAAACAUAUAUGCAUCUGGGCCGUUUGGGUGAAGCGGAGACUCUGGCAGCAGAUGUCUUGGAGAAGACGAAGAAUAGAUUGGGCUCCAGUCAUUUGGAUACGUUAACGGAUAUGAACGUCCUGGCGUCUAUCUACAUUGAUCAAGAGCAAUGGGGCAAGGCAGAAGAGCUCUGUCUUCACGUAUGCAGGUUAAGACAAGAGAAGCUUGGGAUUGAGCAUCCAGACACUUUGACCACUAUGUAUUUGCUGGCAAUCAUCAAUGCUGGCACCGGUCGGUAUGGGGAAGCCGAAAAGCUCGCGUUACAAGUCGUCAAGGGAAGGGAGAAACAAUAUGGACCGACCCAUCAUUUAACCCUUGAUGCGAAAGGACGACUGGCGAGCAUUUAUGGGAAUUUGGGUAAAUGGAAGGAAGCAGAAAUACUGACUCGUCAGGUGCUGGACGGCAGAAUGGAGCAACUGGGGCCGUCUCAUCCAGAUACGUUGACUACCAAGGCAAAUCUGGCCAUCCUCUACUCGAAUCAAGACCUCUUAGACCAGGCGGAAGAGUUGGAGGUUGAGGUCGUUGAGCAGGAGAAACAUAUACUAGAACCGGACGAUCCAUCGAGGCUGGUCACCGUGAGCAACCUCGCAUGGACUCGAAAGCGCAAGGGCCAGCAUGCCGAAGCAGUUGAACUGAUGGAGGAGGUAGUGAGACUCCGGACGAAGAGAUUGGGUUCUGAUCAUCCAGACACCAAAGACGCAGCGAUGACCUUGGAUGACAAGAUGACUCGUGGAAACCAGAGGGAGGUAGCUCGUGAGAGGAACAGGAAGAGGCAACACGAGAAGGGAGUGGGACCCAAGAACACCAUGUCCGGCAGUGAGUAUCAGCGCGUAAGAGAGCAACAGGCAGCCAUCAUGCAAGAGAAACAGCGAAGAGCGGAUGAGCGCAAGGCCGCAGAACAGGCAGCGGCACUGGCAGCGAAAAUGAAGAAGAAAUGA